AAAAAACAGGAAGUGCCUACGGAGGCCGGGUGGGCCGCGGCGUCUGGGCAUGAAGCCGGCCAGCGACGGGGGCGCUGGCGGCGGCGGCAGCGGCUGUGGCGAUGAGCGAUAUAGUGGAGAAGACGCUGACGGCGCUGCCGGGACUCUUUCUGCAGAACCAGUCCGGCGGGCCCGCGGCCGCGAAGGCGUCGUUCUCCUCGCGGCUGGGCAGCCUGAUCCGCGGCAUCACCGCGCUCACCUCCAAGCACGAAGAAGAAAAAUUAAUCCAGCAGGAAUUGAGUAGUCUGAAGGCAACUGUUUCUGCUCCUGCUACAACACUGAAAAUGAUGAAGGAAUGUAUGGUGAGACUUAUAUAUUGUGAAAUGCUUGGAUAUGAUGCUUCCUUUGGCUAUAUACACGCAAUCAAGUUGGCUCAACAAGGAAACCUCUUAGAAAAAAGAGUAGGUUAUUUGGCUGUUUCUUUAUUUCUACAUGAAAGUCAUGAAUUGUUGCUUCUCCUUGUGAAUACAGUUGUAAAGGACUUGCAGAGCACUAACCUAGUAGAAGUGUGUAUGGCACUUACUGUUGUCAGCCAGAUUUUCCCUCAAGAAAUGAUUCCAGCUGUUCUUCCAUUAAUAGAAGAUAAACUUCAACAUUCUAAGGAGAUUAUACGAAGAAAAGCUGUUCUGGCAUUAUACAAAUUUCAUCUCAUUGCUCCUAAUCAAGUACAACAUAUCCAUAUUAAGUUUCGGAAGGCACUUUGUGAUAGAGAUGUUGGGGUCAUGGCUGCCUCCUUGCACAUAUACCUUAGGAUGAUUAAAGAGAAUUCUUCUGGAUAUAAAGACUUGACUGGGAGUUUUGUAACUAUUUUGAAGCAAGUAGUUGGAGGAAAGCUUCCAGUAGAUUUCAAUUACCACAGUGUACCAGCACCAUGGUUACAAAUUCAGCUCUUGAGAAUACUAGGACUUCUAGGAAAAGACGAUCAAAGGACCAGUGAAUUAAUGUAUGAUGUUCUUGAUGAAUCCUUACGAAGAGCUGAGUUAAAUCACAAUGUCACAUAUGCAAUUUUGUUUGAAUGUGUACAUACAGUCUAUUCUAUUUAUCCUAAAUCGGAAUUACUUGAGAAGGCUGCCAAGUGCAUUGGAAAAUUUGUUCUAUCACCUAAAAUAAAUCUGAAGUAUUUGGGACUGAAGGCUCUUACUUAUGUUAUCCAACAGGAUCCUUCUCUGGCUCUGCAACACCAGAUGACAAUAAUUGAAUGUUUAGAUCAUUCUGAUCCCAUGAUUAAAAGAGAGACCCUGGAACUUCUUUACAGAAUUACAAAUGCACAGAAUAUAACAGUUAUCAUUCAGAAAAUGCUUGAAUAUUUACAUCAGAGCAAAGAAGAGUAUGUCAUCGUCAAUUUGGUUGGUAAAAUAGCUGAGCUGGCUGAGAAAUAUGCUCCUGAUAAUGCCUGGUUUAUUCAGACAAUGAAUGCUGUGUUUUCAGUGGGAGGAGAUGUUAUGCAUCCUGAUAUUCCCAAUAACUUUCUGAGACUGCUAGCGGAAGGUUUUGAUGAUGAAACAGAAGAUCAACAAUUAAGGCUCUAUGCAGUUCAGUCUUAUCUCACUUUACUAGAUGUGGAAAAUGUGUUCUAUCCACAGAGAUUUCUUCAAGUUAUGAGUUGGGUGUUGGGAGAGUAUUCCUACCUCUUAGAUAAGGAAACACCAGAGAAAGUUAUAAUUAAACUUUACAAGUUGCUUAUGAAUGACUCUGUGUCUUCAGAAACAAAAGCUUGGUUAAUUGCUGCUGUGACCAAGUUGACACCCCAAGCACACUCGCCUAAUAUAGUUGAGAGAUUAAUCCAGGAAUUUACCAUAUCAUUGGAUACUCUUAUGAGACAGCAUGCAUUUGAAUUAAAGAAUUUGCAUCAGAAUGUAGGACUUAUGAAGAGCUUGCUUCCAGUUGAUAAGAGUUGUGAAGAUAUGGUGGUAGAUGCUUCUUUGUCUUUUCUUGAUGGUUUUGUGGCUGAAGGACUCAGUCAGGGGGCAGCACCUUACAAACCUCACCACCAACGCCAGGAGGAAAAGCUUUCUCAGGAAAAAGUUCUCAAUUUUGAACCAUAUGGACUCUCCUUUUCUUCAUCUGGCUUCACUGGACGACAGUCUCCUGCUGGCAUUUCUCUUGGCUCAGAUAUAUCUGGGAAUAGUGCUGAGACAGGGCUGAAAGAGACAAAUAGCUUGAAGCUGGAAGGUAUAAAGAAAUUGUGGGGGAAAGAGGGCUAUCUUCCUAAGAAGGAAAGCAAAACUGGUGAUGAAAGUGAGGCCCCACCUGUUCCUCAAGAGAGUGUAAUAAUGGAGAAUGUAGAUCAAGCUAUAAUAAAACAGGAUCACUCUCAAAUCCUUACCCAAUCUAAAGAGGAGAAAGAAAAGCAACUGCUGGCAUCAUCAUUAUUUGUUGGGCUAGGAUCAGAAAGUACAAUCAAUUUGCUGGGAAAAGCAGAUACUGUCUCUCACAAGUUCAGAAGGAAAGCAAAAGUCAAGGGAAAAAAAAGUGAAGAAACGACGAGUACUCAUAAUAUGGCUUGUUCUUCCUUUAGUUCUUUGUCAGGUGUGGCAUAUGAAGAAGAUUAUUACUUGAAUACUUUACAGGAUAAAGAAUUAAAGAAAUUUUCUCUCAAUUCAGAACUUUUGGAUCCUGAGUCACUCACAGAGCUGCCUUUGGUUAAGAAACUGUCAGAUUGCAGCCUGUCUAAGCCUUCUUUAUUUGCUGAUAACAACAUGGAAAUUUUUCACCCUCCUCAGUCUACUGCAGCCUUAGUUGCCAAGGAAAUCUCUUUAGCGUCUUCUUUGUUGGAAGAAACUACUGAAUACAUACAUUCAAAUCUUAUGGAAGUCUGUAGUAAUGAAACCAUAUCAAUGUUUUCUUACAAAAUUUGGGAAGAUGAUUGUUUGUUGAUGGUCUUGUCAAUCACUAAUAAGACUGAUUCGGAAUUGAAAAGUGCUAACUUAGAAAUUUUUCCUGCAGAAGAUUUCAAGGUCACUGAGAAACCUGGAUGCUGUUUGCCUAUAAUGGAAGCAGAAAGCACGGAAAACUUUCAGUAUAGUGUGCAGAUGGAAAAACCUUUUACAGAAGGGAAUCUUUCUGGUUUUAUAAAUUAUGAAAUGGUGGAUGCUCAUUCUGUUCAACUGGAAUUUUCCAUAGACUUAUCACUGUUAGAUUUCAUUCGACCAUUGAAAAUCUCAACGGAGGACUUUGGCAAACUCUGGUUAUCCUUUGCAAGUGAUGUGAAGCAAAAUAUUAAAAUAUCAGACUCUCAAGCUGCUCUGCCUUCUGCCCUAAAGAUCCUGCAACAGAAACUAAGGCUUCAUGUUAUUGACAUUAUAGGCAAUGAGGGCCUAUUGGCCUGUCAGCUCCUCCCAUCCAUCCCCUGCUUGCUGCACUGCCGAGUUCAUGCUGAUGUUUUAGCCCUGUGGUUCAGAUCUUCCUGCUCUUCUCUUCCUGACUAUUUACUGUAUCAGUGUCAAAAGGUGAUGGAAGAAUCCUAGCAGAAACUCUGCUUAAUUUUACUCCAUCAAGAUCAAUGGUUUACACAGAUAAACUUAUUUACCAAAGGAAAAAGAACUCAUGGU